AGUUCAUUUGUCAGUUGUGUGUUGUCACAAAAAAUUAAUCGUGCAAAUUGCAAAUAAAUAAAGAACUAAACUUCUAUCCGCUCCACCGUCAUCGUGGAAGCAUUCUAUUAAAAUUUCCUCCAAUACUUAAGUUAAAUGCAGUUUCCACGAACCCAAUUAGCUUCCAAUAAUCGUGGUCUCAACGAAUCUACUAAAUCCUAUCCCAACAAUGCCCGCCGCAUACAAAGCUGACCAAUGAACCAUCCAAACAGUCACAAUCAUCGUUAUACUAAAUUAUCUUCAUCAGAGAUUUUGUCAGCUAGUCCAACCAGCACAGCUAACAGCAGUGUCAUGUACACUAGAGAUUGGAGAACCGCACUCCGGUCACCGCCAACAUAUCGACUUGGCAAUCGCACUUUUCGUUUCAAUUAUCACUUUGCUCUACUCAUAACAGCAACCCUUAGUUUGGGUCUAGUAUUUUUCUAUAUGAAAACAAAAUCCACAUCAUCAUUUGAUGUGUUGAGUACACAGCCAGUGUUUAGUCGUAACACAUACAAUACGACUUAUCCAUUAACACCGCCAAAAUUUGCACGUGGCAUACAAACUUAUCGAAUUGGCAUGGUUGCCGAUUUGGAUACAGCUUCCAAAAGUGGCAACUCUUGGAAGAGUUAUUUUAAAAAGGGACACUUGACUUUUAUUGAAGCUAAAAGAGAAGUGAAAAUUACCUGGGAUGAGCAGGAGCCACAAACACUUGAGAGUAGUUUUUCUCUCAAAGACCGUGGCAUGGAACUAUCGGAGUUAGUUACUUUCGAUGGAAAGUUGCUCAGUUUCGAUGAUAGAACAGGACUUGUAUAUAAAUUAGAAAAUGAUAAACUUAUUCCUUGGGUAAUAUUACUCGAUGGCGAUGGGCAAUCGAGUAAGGGAUUCAAAUCAGAAUGGGCAACAGUAAAGAAUCAAAUUUUAUAUGUUGGUUCAAUGGGUAAGGAAUGGACAACGUCGCAAGGAGAUUUUGAGAAUGAAAAUCCAAUGUAUGUGAAGAUUAUUUCGCCGGGAGGUGAAGUUCGUAGUUUAAAUUGGUCAUUCAAUUAUAAGACGAUGCGUGAAGAAUCAAUGAACAUUGUUUGGCCUGGAUAUAUGAUUCAUGAAAGCGGUGUGUGGUCGGAUGCUCAUCAGAAAUGGUUCUUCUUGCCGAGAAGAUGUUCAAAAAAUAAAUACAACGAAACCCGAGAUGAACACAUGGGAUGUAACGUGCUAAUAAUGGCUGAUGAUAGAUUUUCCAAAAUCGAAACAAUAACUUUAGAAAACAAAGAACCCACACAUGGUUUUUCGAGCUUUAAAUUUAUUCCUGGCUGUGAUGAUAAAUAUAUUUUAGCCAUUAAAUCCGAAGAGCUAAAUGGAAAAACUUCAACAUUCAUCACAGUAUUCGAUAUUGAGGGAAAUGUUUUGUAUCCUGAGCAAAGAAUACCAACCGAUUUUAAAUAUGAAGGAAUCGAAUUUAUUUAGUGUAUUUUUUUUAGUUAAGAUUAUUAUUUUUUUGUGUAUAUUUUGUAAAUGUAUUUUUGAUUUGUAUUUAGUGCUUUUUUAGCUUGCCUAUUUAUUUAUUACAUUGUAUUUCAUUAUAGAAAUUUUUAGUGAAAAACAAAAACGUUCCGAAGGAAAUAAGCAGGAUUUAAAUGGAGUUGAAAGUUUUAUGCUCAAGGGACAAGGGAAAACCAAUAAUAGAGUGUUAUUUUAUUAAAAAAUACAAUUUAUAAUAAUCCUGUAAA